AGGCACCUGAUGCGUCACUUACUUUCUGACUUGCUUUUUUCACUCUCUCUGUGUCGGACACGCCUUCACUAGCGGACGUCUCCUCACACGUGGAGGCACACACGUGGGCGGCACAAACAAACGGACAACGGAGUCGACAUGCUGGAUCCGUACGCAGCAGGUCUCGUUGACGAUGUGGCGCGUCUUUGCGUCUUGCGCACAGAGGACUACACGCUGAUCAACACCGUCUACAAACGGGAGCGCAACGCACUGACACGGCAGGAAAUGAGCAACGCGGACGCAGCUCCAUCCGUCACCGCAGCCACGUACAUUCGCUACCUCACUGGGGAGAUACGGAAACGGGAAUUAGAGCGGUGCGCCUCGGAACGCCGCUGGUGCGAGUCGCUGCGUGAGUGGGCACACUCCUAUCUCACCCAGCGUCCUGCUCCUUUGCCCAAAGUAGCUGAGUGCGCUGAGUCUUUAAGCCAGCAAGCUGACAACAAUUCGGAGUUUCCCUCACCCAUCCGAUCCUUCUGGAGCACCGCAAGGAGUGAAAACGACGUCGGUGAGUCUUUCCGGCAGGCGUACGCCGCCGCCAUCCGGCACGCCUACGAGCUGACACGCGAGGACGUGACCAACACACCUUUUGCCCAGCUCGACGGCAGCGCCUGCUUGUUCGACAGCGCUCAGGCUAAGUCUGAGCAGUCGCACUUAAGUCCACUUUCACACUCUGACGACGCAAACGGAGCCCAUGCGUUGUUUUGGACAGGGCUGCUGCGCGUUCACUCACUCUUCUUCACAUCAUCGAAUACGGAUGUACCACCCUGCACGCUGUCGUCAUCGCCCACAGCUAUUUUGCAUAGCAUGCACCCUCUCUCCGAUGUGGAGACGUUGCCGGAGCUGAGCCGCAGUCGUCUUGCGUCGAGCCGUCAUGUGUGGUUGGUGUUUUUCUUCCUGUGGUGCCACGCAGUCGGCGCGAGUGGCACGACGGCUUCACCUCGGCCUAGGGCGGAUGAGGCCGCUUUGGAGCGGUGGCUUGUGGACGCCCUUCUUUGCAAUCCAGCGGCGAACUUCUUAGAUGGCCAAGGCCAGAAACUGGAGGCACUUCUGACGAAGGUGCACAGCGCGUUUGGUGGCAACUAG